AUGGACCGGCUCGAGGCCGCCCUGUGCGAUUUCAGCGGCAAGACUUCCCUCGACCAGCGCUUCCGCACCCUCUUCACCAUCAAGGGCCUCGCGGCCACGACCGACGCCCACAUGCAGCGUGCCAUCGAGAUCAUCUCAAAGGCGUUCAGCGACGACUCUGCCCUGCUCAAGCACGAGCUCGCAUACGUCCUCGGCCAGCUGGAGGACGUCCGCGCCCUCCCCACGCUCAAGGCGGUGCUGGCCAACCUCGGCGAGGACGCCAUGGUACGCCACGAGGCUGCCGAGGCCAUGGGCGCCAUCUCCGACCCUUCCGUCCUCGACGUCCUGAAUCAGUACAAGACCGACAGCGACGUCUCGGUGCGCGAGACCUGCGAGCUCGCCAUCAGCAAGAUCGAGUUUGACAACUCGCCCGAGGGCAAGGAGCUCAAGCAGAGGAAGAAGGCCGCAAAGGAGAACGAGGAGGCCUCGGGCAAGGGCGGCGUCGAGACUGCCUUUGCGCCCAUCGACCCGGCACCGGCCAUGUCCCCCGCUGCCAGCAAGGAGGCCGCACGAUCUUCCGCCGACGCGGCGAGCUACGACGCCAGCUCGGUGCCCACCUUCCGCACGACGCUGCUCAACGCCGAUCUGUCGCUGUUUGAGCGCUACCGCGCCAUGUUUGCGCUGCGCAACGUCGCCCACGGCGGCGGCGAGGGCGCCGUCUCUGCCGUCCUCGCCCUCGCCGAGGGGCUCAAGGACACCUCUGCCCUCUUCCGCCACGAGAUCUGCUUCGUCUUUGGCGAGCUCUGCCACCCGGCCUCGAUCCCCUCGAUGCUCGACGUGCUCAACGACUCGGGCGAGCACGAAAUGGUCAGGCACGAGGCUGCCGAGGCCCUCGGCGGCAUCGUCGAGGAGGCCGGCGACGCAGAGGGCGACGGGGCUAAGGGAGGCUUUGACGCCGUCAUGGCCACCUUGACGAGGUGGGCAAAGGACGACGCUGCCCCGCGCGUCGUCCGCGAGAGCUGCAUCGUCGCCCUCGACGAGCUGGCCUACAACAACGACCCCACCCAGUUCCACCGCAUCGAGGCCGAGCCCGCCACCGCCGCUUCCGCCGCGUAG